GUUCCCACGAGCUUUCUUCGAUGCCUGCAGGACUGACCGUCAUCGAUUCACCUCCAAGUUAAUAACCCCACACCGCACCCUCUACACAACACCACCACCACGACAACCCAUCGCUACCUAACUUCCACCAGGCAAAACAGCAAGCAAAGAAUUCUUUGCAACUAUUGAUUGAAGUUGUUAGGAAAUGGGACGUUGGACGCAGUACGACGAGGACGCGUAUCGUCUUCCACCAGGUAUGAAACGGACUGGCUACGACGCUGACACGGGAGAACACUUCUUCAGCGACGUCAACGGUCACCAGUUCAAAUCAGCACCUCAUGCUGAGUAUGGGAAUCUUGUACCUAUGGGCCAAGCUUCGCACACACACACACCAGCUCGCCCAAGGAUGAAAGAACCAUCAGCGACUCCACCCCCUUCAACAUUCAUCGGAAAGACAUUACCAAAGAUAAAGCAGCUCGCGCGAUCCCUAUUUCCCGAAAAGUACGACAAGUCUAUUUCUGCCCAUGAAGGAGGGGUCAGUCCCGCAGUCGAAGCCUUCCUGAACAUGAAUCCUGGUCAUUCGCGGUCUGCUUCACUAUCAGAGCUCGCACCUGAAUCUCGAACGAAGGGGUUGAAGUUGAAACGAUCACAGACUCUUCCAACACAAAAGUACAACAUUUUUUCAAACUUGCAUCCAUUGCGUCGUACGAAACGACUCAACUAUCAGCAGAUAGAGGAGCGGAAACCGUUGCCGGAUCAUCAACUUCCGAGGCACUAUGAGAUGGUCUCUCCCUCAUCUAAAUCCACUGAAUCACGCGAUAAACCUGCUUCCGGUGGUUCGAAACACCCAAAACAUCCUACGGUGCAGUCCGUCUUUGCACCUGACGCCAAACAGUCUUCAAACCAACCCACGGCGACGAAGGCUCCCUCUCUUAGUCCUAAAUCACACCACCAUGAGGAAUACGGUGGACACCACUCGUCUGCGUCGCGACACGCAAGAUCUACUACCACACCCGAGGUAUCUAGGUCGGAGAGGGAGAGGGAGAAGGAAAGGAAUAGAGAUAGGGAUGGAGAUAGGGAUAGAGAUAGAGACAGAGACAGAGACAGAGACAGAGACAGAGACAGAGACAGAGACAGAGACAGAGACAGAGACAGAGACAGAGACAGAGACAGAGACAGAGACAGAGACAGAGAUAGAUAUAGGCACAGGGACAGGGACAGGGACAGGGAGAGAGAGAGGGAAAGGGAGAAAGAAAGAAGUCAUCGUCACCAUAGGUCAAAGACAACCACAGAUCGUCCGCGUACCCCUCCAAACGAACAUCGGCAUCGACAUCGACAUCGACAUCGUAGCACGCGAGAUUAUGAAACUUCUGGCCAUGGACAUUCACAUUUAUCCGAUGAUAAGCACUCACAUUCGCACCCUUCCACUCAUUCACAUUCACGUUCCUCCGACUAUACACCUUCAAGACCCUCCGACUAUACGCACGGGCACUCACGUUCCUCCUCCGACCAUAAUCAUACGCAUGGAUAUUCGCAUUCGCAUCGUUCGCACAGAGAAUCGGAUCGAGAUGCUCAUAGAUCUCAUACGGUUUCCAGAUCCGACAAGAAAAAUAGUUCGUCUGGCACGGGUCGGAAAGAUGAACAAGGAAGGCUUCUGGCCGAGGUUUUGGCCAAACCUUCGUACCGUUAA